AUGUGCAACAACUCUGCCGGUAUCUUUGGGAAAUACGUUGUCCCUACCGUCAACUGCUCCCAGACUUACCCCACCAGCCCCAACAAGCCGUUCUGCGGUGGAGCGUCUGUGAAGCCCAUCACAUGCUGCAACAAGUGCGCCAAUCUUACCGCCGGAUCCCUUGGAACUGCCUUCAGCUGCGCGUUCUGGAUGCACGUCUCUACUGGCCCAAGCGGGAGCUGUUCCGAUUCCCUGUGUGGCAAGUGCAUCCUCUUCCCCUCUGGUACUAUUCCCUCGUGCAACGGUACCCUUACGUGCGCUCGUAUCGGCAAGGCUUGCCCAUUCACCAAGAACGACCCGCACUUCCUCGGCGCGCACGGCACGCGCUUCGAGUUCAACGGCUCACCGGACAAAUCCUUCUGUCUGCUGACGGAGCAGAAUGUCCAGGUGAACAUGAAGAUGCACGGGUACUACGACAAGCGCACGAUCGGAGCGUCGGUUCUCGUUAACGGCAUGGCGGUCCGCACCUGGAUCCGCGAGCUCGCUGUGAUCUGGCGCGCCGUGACUGGCGGCGAGGAGCACAAGCUGCUCAUGGUUGCGCGCAAGGGUAAGGACCAGGAGCGCGAGGACGGUUUCAUCGAUCGCAUCGAGCUCGACGGGGAAGUGAUUCCCAAGAUGCAGGUCGGGGAGACCAAGACUCUUGCCGGGGGUCUCGCCAUCACUUUCACUGGUUACGCCAAGUCCGGCCCGUUCGACGUCGACGAGUACAACGUUAACGUUGACGGACGGAUCUCGCUCAACGUCCGCGCGCGUAUCGCUCACCCGCUGCUGCAGACUGACGAGGACGCCGAGACCCACUUGAACGUGCAGUUCCAAGGUGUCACUCCCACGGAGACUAUUCACGGUGUCAUGGGCCAAACCUACCGCACGGGACGCGGACAGCGCGCUUUGGAUUACUCAGCGCUUGCUCAGCUGCUCCACCACCCGGUGGCCGCUGACGGAGUCACUGGAAAGGGAUUCCUUGACGGCGAGCCGUCUGACUACGAGACGUCGUCCGUAUUGGCCCCUGACUGCAAGUACACGACGUACCAGGGCAAACCCCUGCCGGAGGAGAAGGAAUAUGCUGGUGUGGAGUAUCUUGUGAAGGAUCUUGUGGAGGUGUAA